UUCGGGGCCAAGAGCGAACCGGUGUACAGACAGACAAACGGUGCUCGCUGGAGCGAGCCGCCCCCUCGGUUUUGAUUCUGCUGAGCUUUGCUUGCUGGCGUCUCGUGAGGCGACCGGAGUCGCUUGGCAGGACGACGACCAACUCGUGCGCAUUAGGGUCGCCAGCCGCAAACACGAAGCGACGUUUUCUUAUGCCGCACGUGACGAUCCUGGCUCCAGUUCUUGUUUUUUGUUUUUUUUUCUCUGUCCUGACGUUCGCCGAUGCAAAAGUAGACUGAGUGAGAGAAGAGAUGUACAUGAGCCUCUUCGCUGUGAUACGUAUAUAAGAGUGGACUGCCCGCGAGUGGGCUUCAAUCGGAGAUUGGUGCAGGUACGCGUAGUCCCUUUCGUAAAAUUGGUGGCCUUGAGACGGGACGUCGGCACUCUGCAGUGAGACCUCACAAUGACUUGCUGGAAGAGAACACAAGCUGCAUUCCUGACAUGUACGGCGAUAUUGUUGCUAUCGACGGGCAGAGCCACGGUGGCGGCUACUUUUCCAAGUGGCUACUUCUACCCACGGGCCUACCUGAGCAGCCCCGCGCAGCACACGGCGAGUCCCAGCACACAGCACCAGUUCUACGCGGCCAGCAGCCCUGUGGCGGCCAGCGGUAGCAGCAAGAGUGGCACGACAUACGUGAUCCGCUCGCUCCGGGAAGGCGAGAUGAUCAAGCCCGAGCAGACGACCAUGUCGGGCGGAUUCGACGGGUACGCCAGCAGCCCGGUGCUGUCAGCAGCGUUCCCAAAUUACGAACGGAACUACAACUUCGUCAGGCCUUAUCUCUCAGGGCCGGUCAUGGCACCAUGGCAGUUUGUUCACUGAGUCAUUGAUGUAUCCGGGAUCAAGGAGCAGGAUGAAAGUAGUGAGGACCAAAGAAGAAAACAAGCAAAAUUUUUUACUUACAAAACCAGUACAAAUUUUCGAAUUCUUAAGGGAAAAAGGAAAGUUUCUGACUCAAGUGGGACCGAACACGUGCAUCCACAGCGUCUUCUGAUAAAAAGACGCUUCAUCACAGCCGUUCUGCGGACUCCGGGAGAUAAUAAUACCACGUCUUCCGGCUUCCACGGGUGCCUGAAAUCGACAUAUGCAUCCCGAGUUUAUUUUUCUAUCGUUUGUGGUCUUUCAACCAGAUCUGUAUCUACAUUAAAGCACUAUUGUUGGGAUAUUAUCUGCAGCAGGCAAGACGGUGUGA